CGCACGCGAGCGCGCGGCGCGCAGCGAAGGGGCGAAGGCUGUAAAGCUGUUAAGACAAGGAGCAACAUUGCCCCCAGAAGAAACGCGCUGUGGAGAGUGAACUUCAGCCAAAAGCGAGAGCGAAGACUUGUUUCCUCUUUGCAAUGAAUGCAACAAAUUUAUACUAAUACUUUUCGUAUGAAAAUGGAGAUUUACGUACAGACUUUACUUAAAUUUCUCUUAUUUACAUUAUUUUGUGAGGACGGUUGCGCACAGGUGUUCAAUCUCAGUCUCUCCAUAGAGGAAGGUUUACCUGCAAAAACUAUUGUCGGGGAUAUAAGAGCUGGACUGCCGGCGAAAAGCCAAAGUUCUGGAUUUUUUAUAUCUGAGAGCCGAGACUCGGAUGUGUUCAGGGACUUUGAGAUCGACGGAGACACCGGGAUCAUCUCCACCGCCGUUGUGUUGGAUCGAGAGCGCACAAAUAAGUACGAGUUCGCGGCCGCCACUUUAAAAGGAGAGGUUAUUAAAGUAAUCAUCGAGGUGAAAGAUGUGAAUGAUCAUUCCCCUGUAUUCCCAGUGAAAACAGUACAGUUGAACGUGUCUGAACUGAGCCCUCCAGGAGCCUGUUUUGAGUUGGAAGGAGCUCAGGACCAGGAUGAGGGUGAUUAUGGCAUCCAGGGCUACAGAAUUACAGACGGAGACAUGAGGAAACUUUUUAAAACCGAGAUCCGCAAUAGUGGAGGCGGUAUGUUCAAUUUUGACCUUAUUCUGCAAGCAAGAUUAGACAGAGAAAUUACAAGCUUCUACAGUUUCACAAUUGAGGCAUUCGAUGGUGGUUUGCCACCCAAAACAGGCCAGUUGCAAGUGCAUUUUACUGUACUCGAUGAAAAUGACAACCAGCCUGUGUUCAAUCAAACAGAGUACCAUGCUGUUGUAUUGGAAAAGACCCCAUUAAUGACACCUGUUUGUCAGGUAUUUGCAACAGACCCAGAUCUUGGCAGCAAUGGCUGGGUCACCUAUAAGAUCAACCGCCGUCAAAGUGACCCAAAUGAGUUUUUCGUUAUUGAUAGCUCAUCGGGUAUCAUUAGUGUCAAUAAAUUUUUGGACUAUGAAAACCAGUCAUUUUUCGAGCUUGUUGUGACAGCAUGGGAUUCUGGGAUUCAGCCUGAAUCCUCCAGCACAUUUGUAAGUAUUAAAGUCCUGGAUGUCAAUGACAACCACCCAAAUAUUAGCAUCCUUUUUCUUAAUGAAGCCGGAGCUCCUGAAGUAUCAGAGGGAGCGAGACCUGGAGACUAUGUUGCAAGGAUUGCAGUCUCAGAUCCAGAUUUAGGAGAUGUCAAGAAGAUUGAUGUGCACCUCCAAGGUGGGGAUGGGAUGUUCUCCCUCAAAUCCACUGAUGAUUUUCUUUAUGUUCUUUGUGUGGAUGGCCCACUGGACCGAGAGAUAAAGGACGUGUAUGAACUCACUGUGACAGCCAGAGAUUUUGGUUCUCCUCCUCUGAGCAGCAAAACAACAUUUCAGGUUCAGGUCACAGAUGUGAAUGACAAUCCACCUGUUUUUGACCAAAACAUCUAUGAAGAGAGCAUUCCUGAAGAUGUGCAUGAGGGGACAGCUCUCUUCCGAGUCAAGGCCACUGACAGCGAUCUUGAAGGAGAUUCUGGAAUCAUCUACUCUAUUAUGCAGCCAGAGAAGGAGCAGUUGUUAAAUAUAGAUGCAACAUCAGGUCUCAUUACCACUGCUGCAGGCCUAGACCAUGAGAGAGAGACAGAGCUGAGGUUCUUGGUGGUGGCUACCGAUGGCGGUUCCCCCUCUCUGUCCUCUACAGCCACCGUGACCAUCCAUGUGGCAGAUGUCAAUGACAAUAAACCUAUAUUCAAACAACAAAUCUAUAACGUUACUGUUAAAGAGCACACAGCUGUUGGGACAUGCAUCUUACAGGUCACUGCCACAGAUGCUGAUGAUGCUGAGUUUGGAUCAGUGCAAUACUCCCUCUUUGAUGGCUUCAGCAGAAAGGAUGACCACCCUUACUUUCACAUCAACUCUGUUACUGGGGAAAUCUGUGUGUCUCAAGAUAUUGAUCAUGAAGCUGGCCUUGUGACCUUUGACCUGUCAGUUAAAGCUGAAGAUCAAGAUGGGCUCAGUUCACAGACAUUUGUUCACAUCAAUGUGGAGGAUGUGAAUGAUAAUGCUCCUGUUUUUAGUCCUGAGAAAUAUGUCACGAGUGUGAGCAUCCAUGCCCAACCUGGCACUGAGCUACUCAGUAUUUUUGCUUCUGACCGGGAUUCUGGGAACAAUGGAAAAAUUACCUAUGAGCUUCUGCCAGGAGAAUCUGCCUCUUUAUUCACUGUGGACCAGUCAACAGGUUCCGUCUUGCUGAACUCUUCCCUUUCCCAGCUGCGCAGCAGCAGUGUGAAGCUGUCUGUCUCUGCUCAGGAUGGAGGAGGCAUGUCUGCAGUUUAUCCUGCUAACAUCACUGUGAACAUUUUGCAGAGCGACCAGCCUCCUGCCAUCUUCCAAAAAGCCCAAUACGAAUUUUCUAUCUCCGAGGAUGCCCCCGUGGGCUCCUCUGUUGGUUUGGUUCAGGCUGUUACCCCUGCCAAUUCAGUGGAGCUAGUCUCAUUCAUCAUAUCCUCAGGUGAUCCUCAGCGGCUUUUCUCAAUUGAUUCCAAGUCGGGCAUCAUCACCACUGCCCAGCCACUGGACCAUGAGUCCCUCUCUUAUGUUAUUCUGAACAUACAGUUCCACAUGGGAACCCUUCCUAUCUAUAGCAGUGCUCAGGUCAAUAUCUCCAUCAUUGAUGUCAAUGACAACCCUCCUGUGUUCCAGAAGACCUCAGAACGCAUCACCAUAUCUCAUAACACCCCUCCAGGCACGCCAAUUUUUAUCACACAUGCGCACGACGCUGACAGCGGCCUUAAUGGCAAAAUUCACUACAUGUUGCAUCCUGAGAGCCACUUGUUUUCCAUUCACCCACGUAUUGGGACUCUAAUGCUGAACGGCAACCUCUCAGGAGAUUCCAGCCAGAGGUACGAGCUCAAUGUCAUAGCUGAGGAUGAGGGCCACCCUUCUUUGAGCUCUACAUUACAUCUUGCAAUAGAGAUGGAUUCCUUAGGCUCGGUGGAAGACACACUAAUCUUUGAAACUUUGGUUUAUCAAGUGGAAAUUGGAGAAAGCGCUCCAAAAGACACUAGAAUGAUUCAGGUACGUGCUCAUGGAACCAGAUCGCACCAUGGAGGGACCCAUGACAAAGUACCCCCUAUCAUUACUUACUCUCUUAAAGUCCUCUCUGGCGUCCCACCAUUCAGAAUCCACCCAGAGACUGGAUGGAUGUUUAUAUCUCAGAGUCUUGACUAUGAAAAGGAACCCAUCUACAGAUUUAGUGUGUGUGCAAGGACACAAAAUAGCAAAACGGAGGCCACAGCAACGGUGGUUGUCACGGUUCAGGAUGAGAAUGACAAUGCACCUGUGUUCAGUAGGGAUGUGUAUUUCUUCAGUUUGCAGGAGGGACCGUCUCCUCAUGGGAUGAUUGGAAGAGUAAAAGCUACAGACAGAGAUUCACAUAACAAUGGAGUAUUGUCCUACAUCUUGCUGUCUGAGGGAAAAUACUUUCGCAUCAACCCCAGAACAGGAGAGAUCAUAAACAUGGUGGCUUUGGAUCGUGAGGAGCAGGCACAGCAUGUUUUGAGGGUGAUGGCCACAGAUCAGGGUCGACCACGUCUCAACACCACCACUACUGUUCACAUCCUUGUCACAGACGUCAACGAUAACCCCCCACAGUUCACACACUUACCUGCCACUAAAGAGCUAAACGUACAGGUGUGGGCAGGCAUUCCUGUGAAUUCUGUUUUAAUCACUAUGUUUGCAAAAGACCUGGAUGCUGGAGAGAAUGGAACUGUCAAGUUUACAAUGAAAGAUAAUCGGCUGGGCCACUUUAGGAUUGAUAACCGUAAUGGUGAUGUCAGGGUGACAUCACGAUUCUCCGCAAACCCACAGAAACACUACACCCUGAGAGUUGUUGCCACAGACGAUGGUCUUUUUCCUCUGGAGGAGAAUGCAGUUGUUCACAUACAGGUUUUUGCCUUAGACCAACAAAAUGGAAACUCAAAGGAUUUUCAGAGCCUCGAAUACUUCACUGUGUUGGAAGAUGUAAAACUGGGAACUAUCGUUGGAUCACUUGGGAUUUCUAAUGCACCAGAUAUGCAGUUAAGAUAUUCUAUUGUCGAGGGUGAUGGUAGUUUGCAGUUUGGCAUCAAAAGUUCUAGUGGUGAGCUUUAUGUGGCAAAACAUCUGGACUACGAAGUCACACAGCGCUACUUCCUGGUUGUACGUGCAGAAGCCCCUCCCACGUUCAAUGUCACUGCAUUUGUGGCAAUCAGUGUUGUUGAUGUCAAUGACCACACCCCCUGGUUUCCUGGUAAUGAUAACUUUGUUGUGUUCGGUGUUUAUGAGGAUGUUACCAAUGGAACUACGGUCUAUGUGUUUAAUGCACAUGAUGGUGAUGGAAGUCUGCGUAACAGUGAGCUUUAUUAUUCUUUGACCUAUGACCCCAACCCUGCCAUAAAGGGACUGCCUUUUCACAUCGACCCUCACACUGGAGUUGUCAAAACAAAUGGACGGUUGGACCGUGAGCACACUGAGAACAUUGUAUUUAGAGUGACUGUCAGGGACAACGCAGAAGAGCCCUCUGAUAGGAAACAUAGAUCAGUCAUAGCUCAGGCGAUUCUGCUGGAUAUCAAUGACAAUAGUCCCACAUUUGUCUCCACUGAAAUGGCUUAUGUCCCAGAAGACACUGAGGUGGGACUUUUGGUUCAUCAUGUGAUUGCCAGAGAUGAAGACGAAGGGAGUAACGGGCAUGUCAUUUACAGUGUAAUUUCAGGCAAUGAGAUGGGCUAUUUUCAUAUGGAAAGCACAGGGCAUCUGUACCUGAAUUCAUCCCUGGAUUAUGAAUCCCAGAAUGUCCAUAUCCUCACUAUCCAGGCCAAAGACAGUGGCAUACCCUCUCUGUCAUCUACUCAGACACUCACAGUGAAGGUUUUGGAUGUUAAUGACAAACCUCCCGUGUUCCAGCAGCACAUUUACAAUACCACCGUCAUGGAGAACAGAGAACCCGGAGAGAUCAUUAUCACAGUCACUGUAGUUGACCUGGAUUCAGAGACAAAUUCUGCUGUUAGCUACAGCUUGUUACCUGGUCCUGGAUAUGAGCUCUUUACAAUAAACUCCCACACUGGUCAGAUCAGCACCUCCACUCGGCUUGACAGAGAGGUCCAGUCCAGUUUUACUCUCAGAGUUCAGGCAGAGGACAGUGGGAGUCCAUCUCUGUCCAGCACUGCAACAGUCCUGUGCUCUGUCCUGGAUGAUAAUGACAACACUCCAGAAUUUUCUCAGCCUGACUUGCACAUAGUUAUCCCAGAGAACUUGCCACCAGGAGUCAUUCACAUCCUCCAGGCCUCAGAUAUUGAUAAUGGACUAAAUGGAACGAUUCAGUACUCCAUAAAAGAAGAUAAAGAGUGUUUCAGCAUUGAUGCUGUUACUGGAGCAAUCAGCACCACGAGAAUCCUGGACAGAGAGGAGCGAUCCAACUACUCACUCGUCAUCACUGCAGCUGACCAUGGGCAUCCACCUCUGAGCUCUACUGCACUGCUGCACAUCACCCUCUCAGAUGAAAAUGAUAACAGCCCCUCAUUCACUCGGAAAAGCUAUCAUUCCAGCAUUAGCGAGGGGUUCCCUGCAGGUUCAGAGAUCCUACAUCUGAUGGCAUGGGAUCCCGACGAGGGGCCCAACGGUGUAGUGACCUUCUCCUUGGUGGAGGAAAAUUCUGGAAACUUUUAUGUUGAUGGCUCUACUGGUGUGAUAAGGCUCACAAAGCCAUUGGACCGUGAAACUCGUUCCCAGCAUGUUUUCCGUGCUGUAGCUUCUGACGGCUGCAGCCAGGGCCCACGCAGCUCAGUCGCUACAGUUACAAUACAAGUGGAAGAUAUUAACGACAAUCCACCGGCAUGCGACAAGUCCAUACGGGUGUCAGUUUCUUCCAUAACCACACGCCCCAGUCAACCCAUUAUAACGGUUACAGCCCAGGAUCCAGACCAAGGAGACAAUGGGACAGUAGUUUUUAGUUUAGCAGAUGAAGAUGAGAUGUUUUGGGUUGAUGAGUCUGGAGCUGUGAGGUUGAAAGCCCCCCUGAGUGAUGAGGUGUAUGGGACAAAGCUGCUCCGAAUACGGGCUGCGGAUCUAGGUAGACCUUCUCUCAGCUCUAGCUGCCUUGUGCUCAUUCAGCUUAAUGGUGAAGAGCCACCGUUACAGUUUACUGAAGAACUCUAUGAAGUCACGAUGCCAGAGAACAGCAAGACAGGUUCUUGGGUGGCAAAUGUUGUAGCUCAUGAUCAGACAGCAGAUGAAGGAAUGAUCAAGUACAGUAUUUUUAGUGGCAAUGAAAAUGAAGCCUUCACUAUUAACCCAAUUACAGGUGAUAUCACAGUUAGGGAGCAGAGACUGAUGGACUUUGAGGUACAGCAUAAAAAUCACCUAGUGGUUUUGGCUGAAAAUGGACACCAAACAUCCUAUGCCAGGGUGGCUAUCACUCUACUGGAUGUCAAUGACAAUGCUCCAGUGUUCAAGCAAAGCUACUAUAGAACAGCUGUAUGGGAGGGACAAAUUCAUAACACCUAUGUCAUGCAGGUGUUAGCGACAGAUUCUGACAGUGGUGUAAAUGGGCAGAUCAGCUACUUCAUUGUGGAUGGGAAUCACAAUAAUGCAUUUGUGAUCGAUUCUGUUCGUGGGAUUCUUGCCACCAAUGCUGUCUUGGACAGAGAAAUUGUUUCAUCCUACAAGUUAAUUCUUCAGGCUGAGGACAUGGGGAGUCCUCCCCUUACAGGCACCUGCACUGUCCGUGUCCAGGUUGUAGAUGUGAAUGACAACAGCCCUACGAUUCCAUCCAUGGAACCAGUGACCAUUGCAGAAAAUCUUCCUGUUGGGUAUAUUGUCACACAAGUGACUGCGAAUGAUGUAGACCUUAGCCCUUCUGCAACAUACAGAUUAAUAGAGAAGGAUCAGACCAGUAGAAGUUUUGCAGUUGACCAGUACUCUGGAAUAAUUACCACAACUAAAAGUCUGGACUAUGAAGAUCAAGCUGUCUAUACAUUGAGAGUGGAAGCAUCAGACUCUGUUCAUCAAACUGAGGCUGAAAUCUCAAUCAAGGUGUUGGAUGUCAAUGAUAACCCUCCAGUCUUCUCUCAGGAGUCAUACCAGAUUGUGUUGCCGGAGCAGACAUCAGCAAACUCAUAUGUUGUGUCCGUAUCAGCAACUGAUAAAGACUCUGGCCAAAAUGGAAGAAUUUCUUACAGGCUCCUUUCUUCCCCGGCAAGAGGAUUCUACAUUGAUCCUGACAAUGGUUCAGUGUUUACCAACAAACCUCUGAGCUAUGUUGCAAAUGGAAACAUGUUACGGUUACUGGUGGAGGCACGUGACAGCGGUGACCCAAACCUAUUUAGUGUCACUUCUGUGGACAUAGAGGUGGUGGACUUUAAUGAUAAUGCCCCAUUCUUCACGCAGAACUCAUACAAGGUGAAUGUUCCUGAGGAUGUAUCUGUUGGAAGUACUCUCCUCACUCUCUUCGCAGAGGACAAGGACUACUCAAAUAAAAACACCCAUUUGGAGUAUGCAAUCGUAGGUGGAAAUGACGAGAGGCGGUUCAGCCUUGAAAUUGUUAGCAUUCCAGGUAAAGCCCAAAGCCGAACUGUUGGCCAAAUAGUGCUCUGUGAUAAUCUGAACCGGGAGGCCACAGACACUUAUUUAUUGACUGUGACUGUAACAGACAGGGGAAGCCCUCCCCUUAACAGCUCGACUUUGGUAUCAGUCAAAGUCCUUGAUAUUAAUGACAAUGCACCUGUUUUCAGUAGUCCAGAAUACCAUGCACAGGUCUCUGAGAACAGCCCCUUAGGGACAGCCCUUAUCUAUGUCUCUGCCUAUGAUCCUGAUCUAGGGGCAAAUGGAACCGUAACGUACAACAUCAUCUCAGGUAACAACAGAGGCCUGAUCAGAGUGGACCCUGCAACAGGUAUUCUUGAAGUUAAUGGUACAUUGGACUAUGAAGAGGAUAGUAAAUUUACCCUAACAAUUCAAGCAUCAGAUGGUAACCCAAGUGACAAAAAGAUAUCUUUUGCCGUUGUUUACAUAUUGGUACUGGAUGAGAAUGACCAUUCCCCAUUCUUCAUGUUCCCCUCCCAAAAUUGCUCUGUGCCUGAAAACCUGCCAGCUUUUACCCAUGUGUGCACAGUAAAUGCUGUUGAUGAAGAUGCAGGAACCUUCGGACUACUUACGUAUUCCAUUUUAACCCCGUGUUUCGUGGAUUAUGACAGUAGCAACCCAGAAAAGAAAGAAGCCUUUGGUAUUGAUCCUCUUACUGGAGACAUCCAUACAAAACAGACGUUUGACUUUGAAGGAGAAAGUGAUUUCUGCUUUGUGGUAGAGGCACGUGACAAAGGAUAUCAAGUGGCAACCUUGAGAGUACAAAUCGAAAUUGAAGGCAUUGAUGAGUUCAGCCCCAUCUUCACACAGAACGUGUAUCAUUUCUCUCUGCCGACCAAUGUCAAGGUUGGCCAAAGUAUAGGCCAGCUGAUGGCUAUGGAUCAUGAUGGUGGUCUGGAUGGUUUGGUGGAAUACUCUUUAGUCAACCCAUCCCCAUUUUUCAGUGUCAACAAAACAACUGGCUACCUAUAUAUCUCAAACUCUGUGUAUCCGAAAAGAAGUCCCAUCUCAAAUGAGACAAUAGAGGACCUGACUGUUCUAGCAAGCAGCCCCAAACUAGACUCCAAGACGUCAAUCUGCCAUGUAGUUGUGAACAUAUCCAGUUUAGCAAAGGCUCUGACAAGUGUUGAUCUCAGCGUCCACACUGCCAGUCUCACUGUGUCAUUGAUAGUGUUCCUCCUACUUUUAAUAAGCUUCAUUUACAUUGUUCUAAGGUAUAGGUUCAAAGAGAAAUCCGUAAAGAAAGCAACUUCCUUAUCUGCUAACCUCAACCACGAGUCUGACUCUUUAGCAACAACAAGUGAGAACCUUAACAUGUGGGGAAGAAUAGAUAUCCCAAACCCUUCAAGAAACUCAAACUCAAAAACCUCGAGUGGAAGAGGAUCUACUGAGGAAGAGACUACUGAAGAUCAAGAGAUCAAAAUGAUCAACAAGUUUGCAUGUUUUAAACAACUCAGCUCUGUCACAGCACAACUCUCAGACUCAGGGAUCCCUGGGGACUCAGACCAACUCUCCUUCCACUCGGUAUAUGAAGACCCAUCUUCCAGUGCCAAUAUAGGUAUAGUCCAAAUAGUGGACAUGCCCAGUUCUGAAAGUCUCCAUAAUUUCAAGGAUGAAGGAGGGGGUGAAGGAAUGCUUCCUCAGGUGGUCAACAUGAAGGAAGUGGAGGAAGUCAUGAGAAGGUGCAUGUCUAUGUCUGAUGACCAAGGUUUAGUUGAGGGCUCACUCACCAAUCUGAUUUCCUCUGAGGAACAGCUACAUGGAAGCUACAGUUGGGACUAUUUUCUCAACUGGCAACCACGCUUCCAAUCUUUGGCCUCUGUUUUUACAGACAUUGGGAUGCUUCCAAAUGAAGGAAUGAGUGCCAGAGAUUUGGAGCCAGAGUGUCAGAGCCUUUUACGCCCACCUCCUCUCAUCACAGCCGUUGCCCAGCCAGGAAUACGUGCUGUCCCUCCCAGAAUGCCAUAUAGAAGAUCACCACUGGUCAGAAUGCCUACAUACACCAAGACACACACUAGAAACACAGAGUUGACUCAUUCAGCAAUGACUCCUAGUUUCUCCCCCUCACUGUCAGUACUUACCGUUAGGACACCUAGUACCUCUCCAGUGGUCUCAGAAACAGGUUUGGGAUGCUACACAAAAAUUGCAACACUGCCAAGAGAAAUCUUGGAUGAAGCAGAGAUUCAAGUGUAAUCUUGUAAUUCAAAUAUUGUCUUUUUUUUUUUUUUUUUUACAAAUGUAAAAAUCUUUACUUCUUUCAUUUACAAUGUGCUUUUUUGUUUUAGGGUACUAUUUGAAUGCUUGUGUUUUUGGGAAAAAAAUAUUUAUUGUAUGAAUCAAGAUGACUGUAAAGACUAAUUUUAUUUUUGAUAAAUAAUGCUAAUUACCAAAUUUAUAACUAUAAUACAACACACAAACAUUUUAUUAUGUUAGCUUUGAUCUUAUCUUUGUUUUGUUUUUGUUUUCUGUGUGUGUUUUUUUCUUUUUCUUUUUAUUUUGCUUAUUUUUUUAUUUAUUUAUUUUUUUAUUUUUUUUUGCUGAUUCACUUAAAUUAGAUGUUGUUCUCAUUAUCUCAUUUUAAUUUUGCCAAAUACUUUCAGAAUCCUGAAUUAGGGGGACUAGGAAACAGAAAGCUAUGCAGUUAUCUUUCUAAGUACACUGAAUGUGUGUGUGUGUGUGUGUGUGUGUGUGUGACCCUGGACCACAAAAUCAGGCUUAAGUGUCAAUUUUUCAAAAUUGAAGACUUUUAUUUCAUAUAAUGUUUGUAAGGAUUGGACAGUAUUUGGCCUAGAUACAACUAUUUUAAAAUAUGUAAUCUGAGGGUGCAAAAAAUCGUGACGCCUAGAGGCGUGACGUGUGGGCGGAGCUAAAGAAUCACGAGCGCCAGUAGGCUUUUGCUUUGAUAGCGUUUGGAAGCUGUGACACAGAUCCAGAGGCUGAAAUUUAACAAGAGCAGCAUCAGCAAAGGGGUCUCUAUGUGGUAUGUACUGAAACUGUAUAUAUUUGCUUAGCGGUUUUGGAAAAUGACUAAGUUCCACUUUAUGUCGUCUUUUUUUUUCUUCUUUUUUUUUUUAAGCUGUACAUGUGGAAAGUGCAGUUUGAUGACAACAUCCCAUGUUGUUUACUUGAUGUGCUUACGCGCUGAUAGCUAAGUUAACAACACAGAGAUAUUUGAAGCAGUUUUACUCACCGCCUGCGGUUCCAACACACGAUCGUGACCCUUUUUCGUUGGGACUGCAUUAUCCUUAAGAAAUAAACGAUGUGCAAUCCGAAAUGCAGGGAACAAACAAAAACACUUGCACAACUCCGUUGAUGCUCUGUAAAAAUUAACUCCAUCCACUGGUCCCUUAAUGCUGUCUCUCUUUUGGUAAUCUGUGCAGGGUUGUCUUGCCCUGGCAACCAAAAACACACUUCUUUUGUGACAUUUCGCGACGCUCUUGCUCUGAUUAGGCUGUGCUCAGCCUCUCAGUGCUCUGCUAUACGGGAGCGCGCGCUCUUCCGGCAGACGCGCCCUUAGGACCCAUAUAAGGAAAUUCCGCUCCAUCUAACGUCACACAGAGCCAUACUCGAAAAAAACUUUCCGAAACUUGUGACAAACCGGAAGAGGUUUUUUUGGAACAAAAAUACUCCUUCAAACGUAGAACUUAAUUUUUGAAACUUUGUCCAUGUUUAGCAUGGGAAUCCAACUCUUUAACAGUGUAAAAAACUCAGUAUGCAUGAAAUAGCAUUUCACCCCCCCUUUAAUGAUUUUGGUUUUGUUGUCCAGGGUCACGUCUGUGUGUGUGUGUGUGUGUGUGUGUGUGUUAAAUCAAGCACUUUCUUGUACAUUUUGAUGUAUCUAAAUACCCAUAAGAUUACAUUACAUUAUUACCGAUGUACUGUACUAAUGUAUUGACCCACCCACAAUUUCAGGCUUGCUGUAAUGAGACAAUGUCUUAAGUUAUUAUAAUAUAUAAUUAUAAUAUUAUAAUCUCACUUCUUGCUUUUUCAGUAUGUUGACAUUGAACGAGUUAAAAUUACAGAAAAGGCCUUAUGCAAAGUAUGAACCUCAACAUCAAGACUCUUCAAGCUAGUGUGUCAGGCUGACCAAAAUACUGUGGCCAAAUAUUUUGUUUAUGUGUUACUUUGAAUAAGUGGAUCUAAGGCUUUGUUGGAACGAAGAUAUUUUUUCCCAAUAGCUGAGUUGUUAAAUGUGGCCACCUGUUUGCCAAUUCAAGGUUCCAGAACCAUGACAAGGGCCUCUAAAACCACAAGUGAGGUAGCAGUUAUGGCUUAGCCAGUUUAACAACUCCUAUAAUCCAAACUCUGUAAAAGUCUAUGACCACAUUUCCCACAAAUCCCCCCCAUACUCCCACCUCUUACCAUCAUUUCAACUUACGUAUGUGAUGUACUUUGAAUGCUUUACUCCAGCUUUAAGCCAUCAAUCUUCUCUCCUUAUCAGAUCUACAUUAACGAUAAUGAAUGGCUAAAAGCAAAGUAAACAUGCUAUCUUCAGAAGAAAAAAAGCUGUCAUAAUCAGUUUGGAAUAUUUUAUGAUUUUUAAUCAGUGUUACUUAUAUUGAUUUGCUUGGUUUACAGGUCCUUCUUCAAUAUAUGUGUGUGUGUCUGUGUGUAUGUUUACAUUUUUAUAUACUGUGUUUUAGAAACUAUACAGUUCAUUGCAAGACAUGCUUGAUUUCUUAUGUUCCUUUCUCCUUAAACACAACACAUUUUAUUAAAACUCUAAAACUAAUUCACAGAGCACAUCAAUAAAUGAUUUAUCAAGCCACA